UCUUCCCUGUGUAUGAGGUUAUGGCACAGGGAGGGGGUGUGUUGAUUCUAACCAAUAAACAGCAUAGUUUUGACAUUCAGGAUUGAAUUCUAAAGUCUCUUUCAUGUUACCCAAGGUAGAAUCCUGGAAGAAGAGGAAGAGGAAAGCAGAGGAGUCAGGGAUGGCUCUUCCUCAGGCACAGCUGACAUUCAAGGAUGUGGCCAUAGAAUUCUCUCAGGAGGAGUGGACAUGCCUGGACCCUGCUCAGAAGAUUUUGUACAGGGACGUCAUGUUGGAGAACUACAGGAACCUGGUCUCACUGGAUAUCUCUUGUAAAUGUGUAAACAAGGAUCUGCCACCAAAGGGGAAGAACAGUAUGGGAGAAGCAUUCCACAUGGUGAAGUUGGAGAGACUUGAAAGCUGUGAUGAAGCCCUGUCCUUCCAGGAAGUUCAGAAAAAUACAUAUGACUUUGAGUGUCAGUGGAAAGAUGAUGAAGGAAAUUACAAAAGAGUACUUAUGUUGCAAAAAGAAAAUCUCCCUGAUAGAAGAGAUCAACAUGAUAGAAGGGCUGCAGGAAACAAGCUUAUUGAAAAUCAGCUUGGAGUAAGUUUUCAGUCAAAUCUGCCUGAACUGCAGCAAUUUCAAGGUGAAGGGAAAAUGUAUGAAUAUAAUCAAGUUGAGAAGUCUCUUAAUAAUCGGGGAAAACAUUAUAAAUGUGAUGAAUGUGGCAAGGUCUUGAAUCAAAACUCACGGCUAACAAGUCAUAAGAGAAUUCAUACUGGAGAGAAGCCUUACCAGUGUAAUGAGUGUGGCAAAGCCUUUACUGUUCGUUCAAACCUAACUAUCCAUCAGGUAAUCCAUACUGGAGAAAAACCUUACAAAUGUCAUGAAUGUGGAAAGGUCUUCAGUCAACCUUCAAACCUUGCAGGUCAUCGGAGAAUUCAUACUGGAGAGAAACCUUACAAGUGUAAUGAGUGUGGUAAAGCCUUUAGAGCACAUUCAAAACUAACUACACAUCAGGUUAUCCAUACUGGAGAAAAACCUUACAAAUGUAAGGAAUGUGGCAAGUGCUUCACUCAAAAUUCACACCUUGCAAGUCAUCAAAGAAUUCAUACUGGUGAGAAACCUUACAAGUGUAAUGAGUGUGGCAAAGCCUUUAGUGUUCACUCAAGCCUAACUACCCAUCAGACAAUCCACACUGGAGAAAAACCUUACAAAUGUAAUGAGUGUGGCAAGGUCUUCAGGCACAAUUCAUACCUUGCAAAGCAUCGGCGAAUUCAUACUGGUGAGAAACCUUACAAGUGUAGUAAGUGUGGGAAAGCCUUCAGUAUGCAUUCAAACUUAACUAAGCAUCAGAUCAUCCAUACCGGAGAAAAACCUUUCAAAUGUAAUGAAUGCGUCAAGGUUUUCACUCAGUAUUCACACUUAGCAAAUCAUCAAAGAAUUCAUACUGGAGAGAAACCUUACAGGUGUGAUGAGUGCGGCAAAGCCUUUAGUGUGAGAUCAAGCCUAACUACCCAUCAGGCAAUUCAUACUGGAGAAAAGCCUUACAAAUGUAAUGACUGUGGUAAGGUCUUCACACAAAAUUCACACCUUGCAAGUCAUCGGGGAAUUCAUUCUGGAGCAAAACCUUACAAGUGUGGUGAAUGUGGUAAAGCCUUCAGUCAAACAUCACAACUUGCAAGGCACUGGAGAGUUCAUACUGGAGAAAAACCUUACAAGUGUAAUGAGUGUGGCAAAGCCUUUAGUGUUCAUUCAAGCCUAACUAUCCAUCAGACAAUACAUACUGGACAAAAACCGUACAAAUGUAAUGAUUGCGGCAAGGUCUUCAGGCACAGUUCAUACCUUGCAGUUCAUCAGAGAAUUCACACGGGUGAGAAACCUUACAAGUGUAAUGAGUGUGGCAAAGCAUUUAGUGUGCAUUCAAACCUAGCUACCCAUCAGGUCAUCCAUACUGGAGAAAAACCUUACAAAUGUAAUGAAUGUGGCAAGGUCUUCACUCAAAAUUCACAUCUUGCAAAUCAUAGAAGAAUUCACACUGGAGAAAAACCUUACAGGUGUAAUGAGUGUGGGAAAGCCUUUAGUGUUCGCUCAACCCUAACUACCCAUAUGACAAUCCAUACUGGAGACAAACCUUACAAAUGUAACGAAUGUGGCAAAGUCUUCACUCAAAAUUCAAACCUUGCAAAACAUCGAAGAAUUCAUAGUGGGUAGAAACCUUACAAAGGACGCCAGGUGUGGUGGCUCAUGCCUGUAAUCCCAGCACUUUGAGAAGCCAAGGAGGGCAGAUCACCUGAGGUCGCAAGUUCAAGACCAGGCUGGCCAACAUGGUGAAAUGCUGUCUUUACUAAAAACACAAAAAUUAGCUGGGCAUGGUGGUGCAUGCCUGUAAUCCCAGCUACUCGGGAGGAUGAGGCAGGAGAAUUGCUUGAACCUGGGAGGUGGAGGUUACAGUGAGCGAGAUCAUGCCAUUGCACUCCAGCUCGGGCAACAAGAGUGAAACUCCAUCACACACACACACAUACAGACAAAGUAACCUUACAAAGGAGUGUGGCAAGUUCUUCAGCCACAAAUUACUUAUUUCACAACAUCGGGAAUUCAUUCUUGAGACAAUUCUUACAAAUGCAGUGACUGUGGCAAACUUCUGAUGAGUUUAAGCAUUAACAGACAUCAGAGUUCAUAACAGAGAAAUCCUGUGAAUAUACUAUGUAUGAUAGAAGCUUUAUCCAGGUUUCAGAGCUCAAUAGGCAUCAAAAGAUAUAUCUUUGAUGAAAUUACACAAAUGUAACAUGCAUGCCGAGACUAUUACUCCUGGACUACACCUAUAGCUGAGGAUUCAUAGGAAUAAUAUAACUCAGUCUCUAGUUUCCUCAUAACCCUCUGAUAUAUAAUCUGCUGAUUUUAUACACGAUUAUACACCUUACAUGGUGUUGUUUGGGAAAGAAUCAAAGGAUGGAAGGGCUCACUCACUUCACUGGGUGAGGAUUAUUUCUCUCCAAGCUCCUGAAGAAGAACGACGCUGCCUUUUAAAAUUAAAUAUAGUCUGAAUUAGAGAGCACUUGGAAAGGACAGAGGAUAAUGAACUAUGAUGUCACUCAUCAUCCUUAUUGCACGCCAGGUGCCCUUCUUCUGACAGAAGGGCACUGUGGGUAUGGAAAGAAAUUCUCUACUGGCCAGCACGGUGACUCACACCUGUAAUCCCAGCACUUUGGGAGGCCGAGGUGGGUAGAUCACCUGAGGUUAGGAGUUCGAGACCAGCCUGACCAACAUGG